GCCCUUGAACUCAUGCGGCUGUGCAAGGCCUUCACUGAGGGUGCAGGCCUGCCAGAAGCAAAGGGAGACUUCAGAACCCUGCCAGAGACAGCCUGGAGCUCGCAUUGCUCCAGGGACACCGUUCAUCAGGCCUUUAAACCUGCGGCAGAUCCGAGGGGUGACUUCAGAUAUCUCCCUCAGUCAGCAUGGGCCCACAUUUACAAGGGCUUCGAGGAUCACCCACGGCCCAACUUCACCAUUGCUAUCGAAAGCCUUCCACGGGCUGCAUGGGAAAAGAUACACCAUGCUUUCAAGGGUGAAGAUUGUGACACUUCCUGCGUUGCAAACACUUUCGGAUGCCUUGCCAGCAAUGCGUGCGAGGGCUCUCAUCAAGUGAAAGCAGGCACAGCAGAUGCCGGCCUAGUGGCUUCUCAUCCCAUGGGUGGGAUUGGGCUGGGAUUCAUGGUGCUUGCUGAGCCAGACCGACAGUGGCAACGAGCCCUCACAGCGAUGCCGCAAGGCCCUGCAUGCAUCGUUGAACACAGCUUGCAGAGAGAUGGAGCCAAUGACUUUCGCAGCCUUCCAGGCCAUGCAUGGGCCAAGAUCCAUGCUGCCUUUCCUGCAAAGAGCCCGGAAGCUGAUCUUUGCAUGCUGCCAGGUGCAGCGGUGACCGAGACCCCCAACCUUCCAAAGGUUUGGACCAUGAAUGCCAGUGAUGGCCGCUCAGGGCAAAGCCCUCUGCAAGGAGGCCCUUUCCUGUCCGGUACGGGCUUGGGAUUCGUUGUGCUCGCAGUGCCAAGCCAGCACAUGCGUGGAAUCAAGCUAUGGGCAUCCAUUUGCUUGCCACCGGCUCCACGGCAUGCCAACAAUGGCGAUUUCCGAACUUUGCCCAGCGCCAGCUGGCAGAAGCUCUACGCAGACUUCCCCGGCCCAUCAAGCACCGCAGCCGCAAAUGGCACUGGACAUACAGAAUUGGGGGCAGCCCCAACCGCUGAUGACGGGAUGCCACUGUGCUUCAUGGCACUGCGCAAAGCAGUGCGCAAGGCAGUUUGCUGCCGACGACGCCUGUGGAGCACAUGA